AUGACGUCAUCUGGUGGAGCAUCCAGAACUUGCGGCCAACAGAAGCUUCUCUGCACACACUCUCCCCCCACUUCCCUUCCCACUCUCUCUCUCUCCUCCUCUUCGUCUUCGUCUUCGUCUUCGUCUUCUGCACCGUUUCUCCCUCUAGUUGCAGAGAGCUUGCGGGACGAGGCAGAGACAGAGAGAGAGACAGGGGGGGAUGAAUUUGGUGAAAGAAAGCGAGUCGUGCGAGGAGCAGCAAAGUUCACCAUGAGAGCUCGCGGUUCGAGCUUCCUUUGGGCUCCGGCUCUGUUCUCUCUCCUCCUCUGCCCCGCCAUCCGCGCCGCGAAUUGCGGCGCCGCGGCCGAGCUCGCCAGCGGCCGCGGACUCCACAGGAGGAUCCUCCACCAGCCGCUCUUCCCGGCGGGCUCCGCUCCGCCCCCGGCAGCCGAAUCGCCCCCGCCACCGCCGCCUCCUCCGCCGUCCCCCGUGUUCCCCGACCCCGACCAGCCGUUCUUCCCAGAGGUGCCCGCCGGAGCGACGCAGAACCCGGGGGGUCAACCGCCGCCGGCGCUCAGUAAUGCGACCACGCCGUUCCCGACCGCGACGCAGCCGACCAAACCGACGAAGACGGUGGCGAUCGCCAUCUCCGUCGGAAUCGUCACGUUAGGAAUGUUGUCUGCCCUGGCAUUUUUCCUGUAUCGGCACAGGGCCAAGCAUCCGCAGGAGACGCAAAAGCUCGUCGGUGGAAACAAUUCCGAGAGAGUCGUCGACGAUUCUCGAGGUCCACCGUCCAAUUUCCUCUACAUUGGCACCGUUGAGCCCUCGGCGACGAGAUCCAUCGGUGAUUGCAGUGGAGAAAUCUCGUCGCCGUACCGGAAGUUGAAUUCGGUGAACAGAUCAGAGAAUCCUCGUUAUCGGCCGAGUCCUGAGUUGCAGCCUCUGCCGCCGUUGGCAAAGCCUCCGGUGGAGAAGUCGCCGGCGAUUUCGUCGGACGAUGAAGAGAGUCACGAUACUGCGUUUUACACUCCUCAGUGUUCCUCUGUAAGCAACGAGGAGAGCUAUUACACGCCAAUUUCUCGUCAGAGCAGUAAAAGCACCGGCGAUAGAAAAGGUUUUGGGGUCCUCGCGAGAAACGAUGGCAAUGGCUCUGUCGCUGCUGUUCCACAUUCGAAGAGAACGUCUCCAAAAUCACGAAUAUCUGCGUCUUCUCCGGAAAUGAAACAUGUCAUUAUACCAUCGAUAAAGCAGGUCUCGCCUCCGCCUGCGGUGGCUCCAUCGCAGAAGAGCGAAAGGACAAUCUCCAGGCCUAAAUUCUCAUCUCCACCUCCACCUCCGAACAUGGCACUUCUCCAAUCAAUAAGCAGCUCACCACAGGGAACAAACAAAGUUACAGCUGCACCAGCACCACCUCCACCUCCACCUCCUCCGCCUCCGCCGCCACGGCCCCCUCCUCCUCCUCCGCGACCACCACCCCUGCCGCCUUCUCGACUGCCCCUGCCACCGGGGGCCUUUGCAACUCCGAAGAAAGAGAGAAGACUAGAAGCUAACGUCUUUUCUCAACAACAUACCCCAGAAUCAACCAGUUCAGAAUCUUGGGCUCCUGCUUCCAGGGUUGUUUCAAGCAAUGGGAAGAGCGAGGCUGCUGAAGAGAGUAACGGAAGCCCCGGCUCUUCCGAGAGACAAAACGGGGACGAUAAAGAUGAAGCGAGGCCGAAAUUGAAGCCCCUGCACUGGGACAAAGUAAGGGCAACUUCCGAAAGAGCCACGGUGUGGGACCAGCUUAAGUCGAGCUCGUUCCAAUUGAAUGAGGAUAUGAUGGAGACACUUUUCGGUUGCAACUCGGCAAAUUCAGCUCCUAAGGAGCCAACGAGGAGAUCGGUGCUGCCCCCUCUGGAACAGGAGAACAGGGUUUUGGAUCCAAAGAAGUCGCAGAACAUAGCUAUCCUUUUGAGAGCACUGAACGUGACAAGGGAUGAAGUCUCUGAAGCUCUUUUAGAUGGUAAUCCAGAAGGUUUGGGUGCUGAACUUCUGGAGACACUUGUGAAAAUGGCUCCGACGAAGGAAGAGGAGAUAAAGCUUCGAGAUCAUGAUGGUGACAUCUCUAAGCUAGGCACUGCGGAACGGUUUCUUAAGUCUAUCCUUGACAUUCCAUUUGCCUUCAAAAGAGUUGAAGCUAUGUUAUAUAGAGCCAAUUUCGAGACUGAGGUGAACUACCUGAGGAAGGCUUUCCAAACGCUAGAGGUGGCUAGUGAAGAGCUAAAGAACAGCCGAUUAUUCCUCAAACUCCUUGAAGCUGUACUUAGGACAGGCAACCGGAUGAAUGUAGGCACAAACCGUGGAGAUGCAAAAGCUUUCAAACUUGAGACACUCCUAAAACUCGUAGACAUAAAGGGAACAGACGGAAAAACAACGCUUCUUCACUUCGUGGUUCAGGAAAUCAUAAGAUCUGAGGGAGAAGGUACGACUUCUGUUGACGACAAUGUUCAGAACAAGGUGCAGCCUAAGAUGAAGGACGAUGACUUCAAGAAGCAAGGAUUGCAGGUUGUUGCUAACCUGAGCAAAGACCUUGGAAACGUGAAAAAAGCAGCAGGAAUGGACUCUGAUGUCCUGAGUAGUUAUGUCACAAAACUUGAAAUUGGGCUUGACAAAGUCAAACAUGUGCUGCAAUACCAGACGCCAGAUAUGCAGAGGAACUUCUUCGAUUCAAUGAAGAUGUUCCUUCGAGAGGCGGAGGAGGAAAUCACUAGAGUCAAGGAUGAUGAGAAGAAGGCUUUGUUUCUGGUGAGAGAGGUUACUGAAUAUUUUCAUGGUGACGCUGCGAAGGAGGAAGCUCACCCAUUAAGAAUUUUUCUGAUUGUGAGAGAUUUCCUCUCAGUUUUGGAUCAUGUGUGCAAGGAUGUUGGUCGGAUGCAGGAUCGGACGGUGGUGGGAGGUGCGAGGUCCUUCCGGAUUUCUUCCACUGCUUCACUCCCUGUCCUGAGCAGGUACAAUGCGAGAGGAAAUAGCAGCUCAGAUGAGGAAAGCUUGUCUCCAUAGAGUACGCAAAUACAAAGCUGACUUCCACUCGGCAUGGAGUUACUCAGCAUACUCUCUGAUUUGCCAGUUGAAAUGGCGUCACAAUGAUUAAGCUUAAUAAUGUGAGUUAAUCUGUGCCCACAGUUUUGGCCAUCGAAAUGGUAUCAGUGACAAGAAUGUUAUAGUCGUAGCAUUUCGGAAAACCAAAGGCGGAAAAAGGCAUUUCUCUUGUGAUAAGACAGAAUUACAGUAGGUGAAUGAGAGGGGGUCCGAACGACAUCAAACUAUCUCCUUUUGCCAGGAUGCUGGUGCACAGGCGGCUGUAACCUGGAGAGGAAGAGGUGGAAAAGCAAAGAGAUAGAAGUCAUUUUUGUAUACUUAAUGAGUUUGACGUAUCUUCAGUAGCAGGGGCAGUGUUUUCUAAGCUCAGAUUGACAAAUCCCAUACAGAGCACUGGCAUGUUUUGCUGUUGCUUUUGCUAUCUGUGUUACGAUUAGCAUUUGUUCUUUGAGGAUCAUAUAAAUAAGAAUACAGAUAAUUCUUUUGAUG